GACUGUGGGCUAGGUUGCGGACCACGAUUGCCUUCCCAUCAUCUCGUUGUUAUUGAACUCGACAACUACUCGCAUUUCGCCCGACCAUUAUAGGAAGAACUUGUAAGAACUGAUUUCUGCCAGGAGCAUUAGGCAGAGCACGGUAUGGUCAACCUAAGUUUCCUCGACAUGGCUUCAGAGCCGUCGGCUCUGGAGGUUCCCCAAGAUUGCAUGGAUACGUUCAGCACGGACGCAGCAAAGUCGUUUGCGCACCCCAAUUUUGCCGUGCCUUCUGUAUCCAACCCGGUCGAAUGGAUCAAGCAUCAAAUGAGCGAGGCUGCCGAAAACCGCAUCAAGAUGGCCAAGGGUACGACAACAUUGGCAUUCAAAUUCCGGGAGGGCAUUAUUGUUGCGGUUGAUUCACGAGCGACCGGUGGCACAUAUAUUGCAUCACAAUCUGUCAAGAAGGUUAUUGAAAUUAACCCAUAUUUACUCGGUACAAUGGCUGGAGGUGCGGCGGAUUGUUCUUACUGGGAGCGAGAACUCGGUAGACGAUGCCGUGUUUACGAACUCCGCAACAAGGAGCGCAUCUCCGUUGCAGCUGCCUCCAAGCUCCUUUCCAACAUGGUGUAUGCCUACAAAGGCAUGGGACUCUCCAUGGGAACAAUGAUUACAGGCUGGGACAAAACAGGCCCAGCACUCUUUUACGUGGACUCGGAUGGACAACGUCUUAAAGGAGAUUUAUUCUCUGUUGGUUCCGGAUCGACAUUUGCGUACGGUGUGUUGGAUGCUGGGUACCGUUUUGAUUUAUCGGUUGCAGAAGCGAUUGACCUGGGUCGGAGAGCUAUCUACCAUGCUACUUUCAGAGAUGCUGCGUCUGGUGGUGUGGUAAAUGUGUAUCAUAUCAAACAAGGCGGAUGGGAAUUUAUCAGCCAGACCGAUGUUACAGAACUGCAUUAUCAGUAUGCUGAUGAACCGAAACCUGCUCUUUUGUAAUAUUUCUUGAAAUAAACGUGUUUCUGCUGUUUGCAUAUGUGUGGACCUACUGAAGUUUGCCAACGCAAGCAUACAAGUUCUGUCCCGGUCAAAACAAACACGUCAUUACAUGUAAAUUUCGGUGUUCUGGAUUCAUUAUCCCUAAAUAUCGCCGCGUACACUUUUCAUCCUUGCGUUACGCAUGCAGCGCACCCUCUCACCAAACUCUGCAAACGGAU